CCUUGAAAACCGUAAGAAGCAAUUUAAAUAUCUACAUUUAGUACGCUUCACUGUAUUAAAACAUAUCUCGCUGCGUACUCCGGACACUUUCUAUUUCCUUGGCAUAGUCUUCAGAGACAGCGUUCAAUUCUUGUUUACAUAUCACUGCAGCCUCCGUAGCAACUUGUGUAGUUCUUCUUGGUGUGUCUUCGAAAAAACAUGUUGAAGAUAACUCUUUUGGCCGUCUAUUUGGCGAUUGUAUACGCCGAGAAACAAGCGGCGGUAUAUCUUUUCGAUCCUUCUGGUGUCAGUGGCGUAUCAGGCAAUGUCACAUUCAAAAAAACAGAUAAUGGUAUCGUUGUUUCUGGCACAGUGACCGGAUUGGCUGAAGGAAAACAUGGAUUUCAUGUUCACUCCUUGGGACAUAUCUCACCUGGUUGCGGUGGAACUGGUGGCCAUUUUAAUCCUCACAAUGUAAAUCACGGAUCUCCGCAAGAUAAAAUCCGUCAUGUUGGGGAUCUUGGAAAUAUAGUUGCCGAUUCUACAGGUGUGGCAAACAUUGACAUUAAAGAUAGCGUGAUCGACCUAGAAGGCGAACACAACAUUAUUGGCCGUGCUGUAGUUGUGCAUGCUGGUGAAGAUGAUUUGGGAAAAGGAGGGCAUGAUGAUUCUCUUACAACAGGACAUGCUGGAGGGAGAUUGGCAUGCGGAGUAAUUGGACGUCUUUAAAUGUAACACUACAUAACAACAGCUAUUUCAUAAUCUAAUUAGUAUUUACUAAUAACUUCGAAAAUAAUGACUUUUAUUUGAGAUUAAAUUAAUUUUAAAUAAAUGUAAUAAACUAAAA